AGCUUUGUAAAAGGUCUGAGAAAGGAGCUUCUCCUUGAGCAACAUUGUCUCCAGUUUAAAAUGGCUUCCCAGCUGUCUUGGCAGAUCAAGUGCUCGAUCUGUUUGAGAGAUUUCACAGAUCCAGUGAUGCUGCCCUGCCAGCACUCUUUCUGUCGCGAGUGCAUCACCGGCCACAUGCAUGGCAGCAAGGGCCAGAGCUUCUGCCCUGAGUGUCGCAGGCCCUACACAGCUAAAGAUCUGCACUCCAAUCGACUUCUGAGAAAUAUGACGGGUGCCGUGAGACAGCAUCUUACAGCACAACAAGUCCAGACGGACACCUCAUCCACAGAAGCACCCCAAGCCCUGAAUGACAUGCUCAUGUGUGCCAAUCACGACGAGAAGCUGAAGCUCUUCUGUGAAACAGACCAGAAACUUCUGUGUGUGGUGUGCCGAGAUGGAGACAAGCACCGAGGCCACCAUUUUAAACCUGUGAAGGAGGCUGCUCGGAUAAUCGAGGGGACACUAAAGGGUGCUGUGGGCUUCCUCAACAAAGAGAACGGACGGCUGAAUGACAUGACCCAAAAACAAGCAACUGAGGUCACUAAAACCCAGAUGAGGUCCAAACAGCUAUCAGCCCAGAUAUCUGCUCAGUUUGAGGAGAUGCACCGCUUCCUAAAGAAGAAAGAGGAGGAAAUAAAAAAGCAGCUGGAGACUCAAGAGCAGGAUGCCGUCACGGCCAUGUGCAAAAACACGUCCAUAAUCAACAAUAAACUGAUGGAUGGAAAAGAGUUAGAGUGUAUUUUCCAAUCUGCACUGGACAUUAAUCAACCUGAUCUCUUUUUACAGUGGUGGAAUGAAAAAGGAUUUCCUGUUACAGAAAGAAUGAAAAUAAAACACAACCUGAAUCCAGAUGUCAAGUACGAGUCAUGGGUAAAAGGUCUUAAUGUGAUUCCACACUCCUUGUUCCUCGGCCCUUAUGAGACUCACCUGCAGUUCUUUGUAUGGAAAGCCAUGUUGGGAGCUGUCAAGCCAGUUCCAGAGAUCUUAAGGAUAAUGGAUCCUGGAGACUCUUACCUGAAGGUAUCACCAGGAAAAUCAAGUGUACGGCAGGCAGACAGACAAUCCAGUUAUUACAAGGACUACAAUCCAGGUGUCAUCUCUGAACAGAAAUUCCAGUCUGGCCAGCACUACUGGGAGUUAGAUGUUGGGAACAAGUUAGACUGGAGUAUAGGGGUUAAGACAGAGGUGGAAAAAACAUCCAAAAAACAAUCAAUAAAAUCAAACGAUUCAAAUGCUGUAUAUCUCCACCUCAAAAAUGGCAAAGGAUAUACCCUCAGCUCAAAUGGCAAUGAGCUUCCCAUCGUGGUCAAGAGAAAGCCCUGUAAAAUAGGGCUCUAUCUGGACUGUGACAGAAAACAGAUCUCCUUCUAUGAUGCAGACAUCAUGACGCAGAUCCUCAUAACCAGCUACAAAUCUGCCCUGCCAUGCUCUAUUAUUCUUUUCCCAGGAGUUUACCUGGACGGAACGAACAACGACCCAGUCACAGUAUGUUCAUAUGAGUCUAAUUCUGCCCACAGUCCAUGAUACCAACCUAGAAUUCUCACUGAUCUCAAAGCCCUUAGCUCUCCUAGAUAUCUAUGUCUUUAAUUGCAUAAUGAGGUUAAUAUUCUCAGGUUUUAGGCAAACCUGUAACAAGUAUUUAUGUAACCAUUAAAAAAUGAUCCAUCUCUGCUUAGGGUUGAAACAGACAAGGAGACAAGGGGACACACAGAAAUCUGAUUUCAAAGAAGACGUCUGCUUGUAUUGAAAUGCAAAAUGAUUCCCCUUUCCUUGAGGAGGUUAUUAGCAAGCUAAUGAAUGCAUGAGCAUAUUAAUGAGCAUUGGGGUCUGCAUUAUGGAUAUUAAUGACUACUGAGAGAAAACUGUGUAUAGAAUGUAUACUGUAAAUAUAUAUAGAUGCCAUUUUCGGAUUCAAAAUCACAUGAGAGCUUUUUCAUAGAUAAUUAGCAAUAACACAAAAAUCGCUCAAAACAUUAAGAUAUAGAACCUUGUUUUUCCUUGAAACUCAGCUGUAUUCCCAGAGGAACAACUGAAGAACUCUUAAGGGUUUUCAUUUCAACUCUUUGUUUCUAAGAGUUGAAAUGAAAACCCUUAAGAGUUCUUCAGUUGUUCCUCUGGGGAACCUUUAAGAUUCGAUGUAAAUAGUGUUUCUCUAUCAGAAAGGACUCCAAGUGGAACCUUUUAAGGACAUUAAGCAUCCUUACUUAUUCAAAGAGCACUUACACACUUCCUUUUUUCUAACAGUGUAUUCGUCUAACCAUGUUGUAUGCUGUGUAGGAACAUUUCUUAACCAGUGCAAAAGAUCUAUACCUAUAUAGGCUUGGUUAUCCUCUGUUCUAACUUUGGCCCCUACAGUUACCCCUGCUUCCUGUUUCUGUGUUCCUUGUUUUUACCAGUAAUUAGUUUAACAUGGUUUCUGUUUGGUGGUUAUGCAUUUUCUAACACUUAACAUCUGUGUUUUUAAAUUAUUAGCCUGUUUUGACACAUUCAUGUCCAAGAAAAACCUCAAUAAAACUUGUCUUCAAAAACUUGUUUAUGUAUUUCUUUUUCCCUUCAAGAUGCUAACUUCUUUUUUAAUCUUUUCCCACUUUUCCGUUUUUGGAUAUUUUCCAAAACCCCACCAACCACUGGGACAUUAUGUAGAUUUUUACAAACAUGUAAUAAAAUAAGACAUGUACCUCAAAGAUACAUUAUAAAUAUUUGUCUGUCUAGUGUGCAGCUCUAAUUGACCGUUUUAGGCAAAUAUUUAUUUCCCAUUACAAUCUACAAACAUGAGGUAAUGCUUUAGUGUAAACUGUUUUUCAAUGUUUAAGCCUUUUGUGGACAUGGACAUGGUGUUUCUAUUUCCACAUACAGAAACAGGAACAAAUCAGGACUCAUCAUUAAAACUGCAUUGUCAUGUUAUGCCCAACCAGCUUGAUUACUACAUUUCAUGUCCCUUUCCAUGUGGUGAGUCAUGGUUUGAACUGGACUCUCUGUAUUUGCACAAUAUUAUGUAAGCUUACCCCAACCCUACCCCCUUCCUGACUCUGCAUGGAUGGAUUUAAUUAUGCCACUGACAGAAACAAUCUGUACAGAUGCAUCUGAAGGACUGCGGUUUGUUUUACUGAAAACCUUAAGAGAUUUUUUUUUCAAGCACAGUUCAACACUCACUGAGUAUGUAUAUACUGGUAUAUAGCAUUUAGUGAAUGCAGUCAAGGUCUUCAUGAAUCAUAAAUGAACACAAAUAAACAAACUGACGUUGAUGAGCUCAGUAUGUAAUGUCAUAUUUAUCACUAAUGACUAAUGACUAAUUUAUCACUGAAAAAACUUGCAAAAUUCCCACUUUUUUGGAAGGACAUUUUAUUUUUUUUAGAAUUGCCCAAAAAGUGUUUUUCCCUCCCUUGCCUUUUCCCGCAAGUUCCUGCCCUCCUCCAGAAUCUUGGUCUCUGACACACUACUUUCUCCUCCCACUGUCUCUCUGAGUGAGAGUUCACAGGCCUAUCCAUGUGUCUGCACAUGGCUCACACAUGGAGAACGUGACUAAGUGGAUAAAAACUGGCAGGACAUUGUGAGGGGGAGUAAAAGGAAAGAGGAAAAACGUAGAGAAGCCCUGCCUUCUCAAAGCAUUAGCUUAUUUAAACUUGCAAAGGAAUUUGCUAUUUGAAUCAAAAACCUGAUAACAGGAGGACACAGUGAUUGUAAAGGAUUAUAUAAUUGCAUUUAUACUGUGAUCGUGUUUAAGAACUUCAGAGAACUAGGCAUUUAAUCAUGGAGGAGAACUACAGCAGCCUACAGGAGUUCACAGAGGAUAGCCACUCAGCCACA